AUGGAGUCAGUGGACGAUAAAAACCUAUCUUACACCUCCGAAGAGGAUGAACUCAAUGGUUCCGUUGACUCGGUAGCGAUUCCGAAUGCUUUGGGAGCCCCGGCACCAAAUGACCUAUCCCGUUACGUCUGCUCCCCAGACUCAAUGGAUGUAAUCUGUGGUCGUGGAAAGAGCGGACCACACCCAGGAAAUCAGCGGUUUCGGAAGUUUGUAUCGGACAAGAAGGCUGCAUACCAGGCUGCUAAACGAAGAGAAGACAAAACACGCAUCACGCUGUUGAUCGUUGAAGAGCUGCGAAGAGGCCUACCUCCAUCGAGAUUCUUACUGAAAGAUCCCAAGACGCAAAUGUGGUACGAUGCAGGGGUAGAGUAUGCUCGCGAAAAGGUGAGCCACGCAUUGCGAAGCCGUCCGAGCGACGAUAGCAAAAAGAGGGCGAAUAAGCCAAAAAAGAAAGGAACACGCAAAUCUCAGCACGCGCCUGAACUCGACGAGACUGUGGAACGGCUAAUCAAAGAACAGCAGCAUCUUUUGAGAUCAAUGAUUGAUAAGAAAGUUUUCCCUGUGUGGAUGCAAGACGUGAAGGAAAAAUUGAGCACCUAG